AUGAGCCCUUCCGCAAGGGAAUUCAAUGCUCUACAACGCCACGCCCCUCUCAAGGUUCACAAGGAGUCUCAUCUAAUCCAAAAGCCUUCCUCCUCUUCUUCCUCUUCCACCAUCUCCACGAUCGGCACCGCCACCAAUAACCCUCGUCAACGCCGUCAGCCGGUCAUUAUCUACACCCAUGCUCCGAAAAUUAUUCAUGCGACUGUUGAUAAUUUCAAGGAGAUCGUCCAGAGGCUCACCGGCCAGUCACAAGCCACCGCCGUCGAAAACAUUAAUAACGACGACGACAACAACAAUAACAACAGCAAUGAAAUAUCCGCCGCCGUCCCUCCUCCCGCCACACUGCCAUCGCCAAAUGAUGCGUGCAAAGACAACAACAACGAGAACAUGUUAGAAGUCUCCUCGAGUGGUACGCCGUCGAAGAAUUAUACACACUUUUUGUACUCGUCUACGGCCAUGAUGCCUCCGCUGGGAAUGCCUAAUCCUCCAUUCCUGGGGGAUCUAGCGCUUUUCGGACAUGGUUCUUCGGAUUUCCUCCAUUACCCGACCGGCGGCAAUGUCUUCGAUUUUGCAGCCGCAGAUUCAGUAUCCUUUUGGCCCUCGGUUCCUAAUGUGAAUAGCGAUAUCCUUUCGUCGUAUGCCAUUGAAGAAGCCAUUAAGUCAUACCAUGAUGUAGGUUUAUGA